AUGUUCAUCGUGAACUGGUUCUUCGAUGUUUUGGGAUACCUCGGCCUUGGCAACAAGAACGCGAAGAUCCUUUUCCUUGGACUUGACAAUGCCGGCAAGACCACUCUGCUCCACAUGCUGAAGGAUGACCGCAUUGCUACUCACGUGCCCACUCUUCAUCCGCAUUCUGAGGAGCUUAUGAUCAAGAACAUCCGCUUCCGCACCUACGACCUCGGUGGGCAUGAGACCGCCCGGCGCAUUUGGAAGGACUACUUCGCCACCGUGGAUGGUAUCAUUUUCCUGGUCGAUGCAGCCGACCGGACGCGAUUCCAGGAGGCCCAGGAGGAACUCAGCGGCCUCCUACAGGAGCAGGCCCUGGCGAGCGUGCCCUUUGUCGUCUUGGGGAACAAGAUCGACAUCCCUACAGCGGCCAGCGAGGACGAGCUCCGCAACGCGCUGGGAUUGCUGAGCCACAUGACCUACGGACGUGAUGCCAAGAAGGGAGACAGCCAGGUCCGCCCCGUGGAGCUUUUUAUGGUGAGCGUUGUCAAGAGGAUGGGCUACGCAGAGGCUUUCCAGUGGCUGUCGCAGUUCCUGAACUGA